UAAUUGCCACUCUCUCAUCUAUCAUACAAAUUACACACACCCUCUUCUCUUCUCUUCUCUACCUUCCCUUCUUCAUCCUCCCUCUUCUCAUUUUGGUUAUGAAAGUGUUAAGCUUUUUUGGAGAAGAGGGGGUGAGUGGUUCAAGAUUUGUGAAUGUCACUAUGUCAGAGAAGAACACAAUCAUGAAGAGGCUAGCAGUGCUACUUUUGCUGUUGGUGUUCAGUCACUGUAUAGUACAGAGUGAAACUGAAUUUGAAGGAGAAUGCAAGUUCAAUAAGCAUUUGAAACCUAGACCUCACAGUGUGUCAGUAUUGGACUUUGGGGCUGUGGGUGAUGGAAAAACUAUUAAUACUGUCGCGUUUCAGAAUGCUAUUUUUUAUCUCAAGUCCUUUGCUGACAAGGGUGGAGCGCAGCUCUAUGUUCCUGCUGGAAAGUGGCUGACUAGAAGCAUCAAUCUUACUAGCCACCUUACACUGUUCCUGGAAAAAGAUGCUGUUAUUCUAGCAUCCGAGGAUUUCGAUCAUUGGGAUGUAGUUGAAGCUUUACCAUCUUAUGGCCGAUCUAUUGAAGCACAGUAUGGAAGAUACCGCAGCUUGAUCUCUGGAAAUAAUUUAACUGAUGUUGUAAUAACAGGUAACAAUGGUACUAUCGAUGGCCAGGGCUCUAUUUGGUGGGAGAAGUUCAAUUCCCAUUCCUUAAAUUAUACUCGACCUCACCUAGUAGAGUUUGUUAGCUCCAGCAAUGUUGUUAUUUCAAACUUGACCUUAUUAAAUGCUCCUGGUUGGAACAUCCGUCCAGCAUAUUGCAGUAAUGUGGUCAUUCAGAACUUAACGGUUUAUACUCCACAAGACUCCCCAUUCACCAAUGGGAUUGUCCCAGAUUCUUCUGAGCAUGUCUGCAUUGAAAACAGCAACAUUAGCAUGGGUUACGAUGCUAUCGUUCUUAAAAGUGGUUGGGAUGAGUAUGGGAUUUCCUACGGGAAACCUACCUCAAAUGUCCACAUUAGACGAGUGAGGUUACAGUCCGCUGCAGGUGCUGGUGUGGCUUUUGGUAGCGAGAUGUCUGGUGGUAUCUCCGAUGUGCUAGUAGAGCUUAGUUCGCUGCAUGACUCCCUUUCCGGGAUUGAGCUGAAGACAGCAAGAGGAAGAGGCGGUUACAUCAAAGAUAUUCUCAUUUCAAAUGUUGUUAUGGAUAACUUGCAAGUCGGAAUCAAGGCCACUGGUUACUCUGAUACGCAUCCAGAUGAGAAAUAUGAUCCUUCUUCGUUACCUACAGUUAGUGGAAUCACCUUUGAGGACAUUGUUGGCACAAAUAUCUCUAUAGCAGGGAAUUUCACCGGGCUAUCAGAAUCUCCCUUCACUUCUAUAUGUCUAUCAAAUAUCUCUAUCUCCAUUUCAUCCGACCCUUCUACACCAUGGCUAUGCUCUAAUAUAUCAGGCUCUUCUAAAAAUGUAUCUCCUGAACCAUGUCCCGAGCUUCAAGGAUCAUUUUCCAGUUGCUUUGCUCUUCCAAACCCAUACACUGAAGUUGCAGUUUUAUAAUCCUACCCCGAUUGGUACUACUAUUCAUUCAUUGAACCUGAACAACGAGGCACAUAUCUUGUUCUGGUUCUGUGUACAAUCCUCCAAUAAGAUGCAAGUCAGAAUAUUCAGUCUCAUGGUUUACCAAGUCAACGUCAAAAAACUCUGGUGAGCAUUCUCUUCAACGCAGCAGCAGAUCGUUUCUGUGUACAGCAUCAGUUUCUUUUAUUCAUGUGUAAGAAAAGUUUUGGUAGUUCAGUAAAUUCAGAUACAUUGUUCCUUGUCGUGUCAUUCUUCAUUUGAUUUUUUCUUUUUUCUUUACGAAAUUGUCUUACAUUUGUAAAUUGGGUUUUAUGGAGACUGCAGUAAGAUUGGUUAAUGCUUAUAUGGUUGAAGGGGUGUUAUUGUUGAUUGUCAUUGUUGCAAUAAAAGUUCUAGCCAUUUCAUUUAAA